AUGGCUGACGAAGAGUUGAACCUUUACGACGAAAUCGAAAUCGAGGACUGUUUCUACGACGAGACGCUGCAAAUCUACCACCACCCAUGUCCCUGUGGCGACCGUUUUGAGAUUUCCAUUUUCGACAUGCGAGACGGCGAGGAUAUUGCGCGCUGCCCCAGCUGCAGCCUGAUGAUCAGGAUUAUCUUCGACCCCUCCGACCUGCCCCCGGAAAACGACGAUGCGCCGCAAAGUGUUGCCAUUGCCGCCUAG